AGUAAGCGCGCGGCAGUCAAAAUAUCAACAUUAGCAUCCCAGCACUGCUAGCUCUCCGCUUAACUCGUUUAAUAGUUUAAUACCAUCGUUUAAUAAAUGUAACAUUCAUUCACUCUGGAACAGGUGACCUGCGUAAUGGGCUCAAAAGUGAUAUCCAAUGCUAAGGAGUUUUAUAAUAUUCUUCGGUCUCUUCAAGAUGAGGAAAGCAACGAACAAUUUGUAUAUGAGGAGGACAUCCAAAUGUUAAAGACGGACGGAGGCAGAAUUCCUGUGCUGAAAAUGUACUGUGGCAACCAGCCAGUCGUCAUCUGUGAAAAAGCUGUUCCAAAAAUAAAUGAACCCGAUGAUAAACCAAUGAAGGAAACGACCAACUGCAAUGACAGCAAUGAUGCAGAUAAUGAUGAUGAUGAUAUUGGGGAGGCCAAUGCUCUCCUGACAGAACUGGGACCAGAGCCGCUCACAAUCACAAAAGCAAGGCAGUUGCUAUCUUGGUACACAUUAUCCCAAAAUGAUAAUAUGUCAUCUAUUGACAACAACCCCGCCUUGCACCCUCUAUGGGUUCGAUGUGACAUGUCUGAUCCAGCUGGAACCACCUGGUUUGGAGCUGAAACGGUCUGCAUGGGAAAGAGAGUAUCUGGUGUCAAAUUAUACUCUGUUACCUGCAAAGGCUCAACUGUGGACAAAGCAUCUCUCAUAACCUUGGACCAGCUUAAACAAGAGCACAACAAAAGGCACCACCCGUCCUCGAUGGCAAUCAAAGGCAGUGCCAGGUUCCUCUUGUUUGGCUCCACUGUUUUUGAAAACUCCGUUAUUGAGUCACAGAGUAGCGUGACAGUGGAUUUCAAAUGGAGCCAUGUGGAAAGUAUCCUUGAAACCCCACCCCUGUCUUCUACAGCAACACUGAAUAUUAAAGUUGCCAGCGGCGACAUGAGGAGCCCAAUGAAUGAGAUGUACAGAGAGCUGGAGUUUCUUCAGACUCUAGCCGAUGGUUUGAGAACUGGUGAGACUGAAUGGCUGGAGGCUUUGGAAAGCAUGUCUGCUGUAAAUCUGACCAAGGCCUUCCUUCAAGAGCUUCGGGAUACUUCAAAGACACUACAAGACCAGACUGCUAAAACAGCUAAGAACACAGAGGUGAAACUUGAGACAAACAUAUUCAACUCAUUCUUGGAACGAGGCGAUUUGGAUUUCGUGGAGCAGCUGUGGGUUCGGAUGAGAAGGAGUGUAACUUCAUAUCAAGACAUUGGAGAUUGCCUGAAAUUGGUCACGGAAGCUCUAAGAUAUGGGGACAUCAAACCCUGGAUUCACAGAGACAGCAGCAGCUCCCUCAGCAAGCUCAUCCUGCAGUCCUACCACCAGCAGAUUGACCAUGUGUCUCUCACAGGUGUCACCCCUGUCCAAAUGCUGCUGGAGAUGGGUCUGGACAAGAUGAGAAAAGAUUACAUUAACUACCUCAUUGGGGAACAAUUGACAACUCUUAACCACUUGGGUUAUUACCUGAGCACAGAGGUUGAUCUGCAGGAGCAAGUGAUCCGACUCCAAAAACUGCACCAUCUGCUGGAAAUAAUAGUGACCUGCAGUACUUUCCUGGGACUGACCUACGACCGGCUUUUCCUUCUCACACAAUCAUGUUUGCAGCACUACAAAACACACCCAUAUGAUGAGGAGCAUGAAUUCAAACUGCAAAUCAAACCUGCACUGAUCAGCCAUUUCUACCAGAAAGAGCAGCCAGUCCUGUGGGGGGCUGAGGUGUCCAGUGGCCACGGUUCCCGUGAUGUCAGGACCUCCAUAACUCUCAGUGACAGACCACUGGUUGAUCAUGUCAUCUUUGAAUCAGAUGAACCAAAUGAAACCAUGAAUGUGGACAGUGAGAAUCCUGCCUUAUUCUCCACCAUGGUGUGCUGCAGCCUCGUCAACUUUGCAUGAAUUCAAACUGAGCACCACUCAAUACAAGGCAGGAGUUUGUCAUUUUCAGUAUUCUCAUUAGCAAUUAACACGUUUUAAAAUGAUAGAAGAACUAGCCAGUGGCUCUGUUAAUAUCAAGUUAUAUUGGUUACAUUUUUUGAAUAAACGACUUUCAGACUGUGGGGUCUCUAAAU